AUGAAAAACACUCUUUCUUCUCUCUUUAAAAAGAAUAAUGAUAAAAAGUCAGGUCGAGACUCCAACACAACCAGUCCAUUACCACCUGGAGAACAUCUAGAGUCAUCGACCUCGACCAGUACACAAGCAGUUUCAACCUCCAAUUCAAGCUCUGAUUUGAGUUCGAGUACUGCGAAUUCACCAACCUACAACAACAACAAUGGUUCCUUCUCCGGCUCUUCCAAUGCAUUGAAUCAUUCAAAUUCCUUCUCAGGUGGAAUUUUCAACCACUUGUCAGAAGGAUCACUUCCAGAAAGUACACAACUCUGUUAUGGAACCGUUCAAACACCAUUCAACAUGUUUGAAUUGAACAAGAGAAUGUAUCAAUUGAAUAGUAGUAGUUUGUUGAACAAAUUAUCAAAUCCUUCCACACCCAACUCGAGAAAUAGUUUGAAAAAUUCACUCAAUGGAGGUUCGAAUUCAAACGCUUCAACACCUCGUGCGAGUGUGAGUAGUGGUAAUUCUUCACCAAGUGUGAAUUCUGCAUCCAAUUCUACUGGAGAUUUGAAUAAGAAUCCAACCUCACAGUUCACUAUUACACCAACACUCUUGAUGGGUAAGAGAAAUGAAUUGAAUAAGACAUCAACCGACAAGAGAAAUUCAUCGGUGUCUCCUGUUCCAGAGAAUGCUCGAAGCAGUUCUCCUCUUGUGACCGCUACAACUUCGACCAAUAAUAGACAAUCUCUCAAAAAGAAUCAAGUGGAACCAACUCAAGAUUCCAAUUCAGUGGGUGCCAUUGUGAAAUCUGCAUUGAACGACAAUGAAAAAGUUAUUGAACUCAUUGUGAGCUUCUUGGUUCCACACAAGGAUUGGAUUAAAUCGGUAUCGAAUAAGACAGAACUCUCUCAUAUUCGAACUGUUUCCUUGUUGAAUAAGAAAUGGAAUCAAUUGUACUUGUCUCCUCAAAGUGAAAAUGUGAAUCAAUUGUGGAAUGUCUUGAUUGUUGAAUUGAACAAUAAUAAUGGAUCUGACAACAACUCUGAAACAGAUACUGCUGCAAGUGAUCUCACGAACAGCAAGAAGUUUAUUCAAUUGUGUAAGUAG